AUGUCAUCUAGAAAGAAGAAUAUAUUAAAGGUAAUUAUCCUCGGUGAUUCUGGUGUGGGGAAAACAUCUUUGAUGCAUCGUUAUGUUAAUGAUAAAUAUUCUCAACAGUACAAGGCUACUAUUGGUGCUGAUUUUUUAACAAAAGAAGUUACUGUAGAUGAUAAAGUGGCUACGAUGCAAGUUUGGGAUACUGCUGGUCAGGAACGUUUCCAAUCGCUUGGUGUUGCGUUUUAUAGAGGUGCUGAUUGUUGCGUAUUAGUUUAUGAUGUGACCAAUGCUAAAUCCUUUGAAAAUAUUAAAUCUUGGAGAGAUGAAUUUUUAGUACAUGCGAACGUUUUGUCUCCAGAAACCUUUCCCUUUGUUAUCUUGGGUAAUAAAGUAGAUGUUGAAGAAUCAAAGAAAACUGUUAGUGUAAAAUCUGCUCAAGAAUUGGCGAAAUCGUUGGGCAAUGUACCACUUUUUUUAACGAGUGCUAAGAAUGCAAUUAAUGUUGAUACUGCUUUCGAAGAAAUUGCAAGAAGUGCAUUACAGCAAAACCAGGCGGAUGCAGACGCAUUCGAAGAAGAUUUCAAUGAUGCAAUUAACAUUCAACUGGAUGGUGAACCAAGCGCUUGCAGUUGUUAA